AGAUUAUACUUUUCUCACAAAGGGAACUUUAAUUUCCUCAACAAUAUGUCAACAGGUGACGAUGCUCCAGUUACAGCAGCUGGGACGGGAGAUAAGUACAGGUCCUUCCUGAAAGAUGAAGGUGGAGAGAAAAUUCAAUGGAGACAUGGCGGCCCUCCCUCCUUUGACAGCGUAAAUCAGCUCUUUGAAGAAGGCCGAACUAAGGAGUGGCCCAAAGGAUCCUUAGAAGAAUUAGUGCAAAAUGCUAUCAAGACAUGGGAUAUGGAGUUCCAACACAAAACCCGCCUGCAAGAUUACAAAACCAUUAAUCCUGAGAAGUUUAAGCUCAGUGUUAAUGGAAGGGAGGGAUUAUCUGCUGAAGAGACACUGAAAUUAGGAAGCUACAAUGCGUUGUUGAAGAAUUCACUGCCAGAGGAGUUCAAAUACUACAAAGCAGAAGAAGAGAGCUUCGAAUCAUCUCAUGAAGCAUUUCGAUUGGCUUUACCUCGAGGGUUUGCCUGGGAACUUCUGACUCUUUAUUCUGGUCCUCCUGUUAUUGCUUUCAAAUUCAGGCACUGGGGUUUCUUUGAAGGCCCCUUCAAAGGGCAUGCCCCCACCGGAGAAAAGGUUGAAUUUAUUGGGUUGGGCACUGUUAAGGUUGAUGAAUCACUGAGGGUAGAGGAUGUAGAAAUCUACUAUGACCCAGCAGAGUUAUUUGGAGGAUUAUUAAAAGAGCCACCAAUUUCUGAGUCGACGGAGAAGGAAGAUAAGAUUUCUGAAAGUUCAAAACCAUUAAUCCAUGGCUGUCCCUUCUCCAACAAAGAAUAAAUGCAUACAUGCAUGCAUAAGAUGUGGCUGGCUCAUGCGUGGUUGUGCCCUUUUACACGCUACUCAGCCUAAUUAGAUAAGACAUGAUGUGGAUGGCUCAUGCCGUUAUGUUUCUGUGCUUCCUUUCGUCAUGAAAAUUUAAUAAAGUGACGGCUUUUGAUUCAA